AUGCCGCUGGAAUGGGUGGAAAUCAUCGAGCCUCGGACCCGGGAGCGCAUGUACGCCAACCUCAUCACGGGGGAGUGCGUGUGGGACCCCCCCGCCGGGGUGCGGAUCAAACGCACCAAUGAGAACCAGUGGUGGGAGCUCUUCGACCCCAACACCUCCCGCUUCUACUACUACAAUGCCACCACGCAGAGGACGGUGUGGCACCGUCCCCAGAACUGCGACAUCAUCCCGCUGGCCAAGCUGCAGACGCUGAAGCAGAACACGGAGUCGCCGCGGGCUUCCACGGAAAACAGCCCCGGCAGGAGCAGCAAUGUCAGCAGGGAGGGAAGCACCAGCUCGUCCUUGGAGCAGGAGCUGGAGGGCAAUGAGAAGGUGCAGGAGCAGCGGUCGAGCCGCCAGCCCAGCCAGUAUUCCGUGGUGAAGGAGGAAACAGAAAGUUCGUCGCCUUCCGGAGUGUUUGAAAAGGAAUAUGACAUUUACCGGGAUUACAGCGCCGAAGGACAGCUCCUGCACUACAGGUAGCCUGA